AUGGAUUCCAUUGCUACGCUGGUUUCUCAGUUUCAUUUCUGCAUUGCAUUUGCAGUACCACAUUUUUUUAGAGUUAGUUGUGGAGCACAAGCAGAUGUGGAGUCGCCACCUACGUAUACACUUUGGCACAAAGACGCAUCCUACACAGGAGGAUUGACAGCUAAUGCAACCCUACCAAGCGAUAUCACCCCUACCCUGAAAACCGUAAGGUUCUUUCCUAUCUCUUUCGGACCUACGAGCUGCUACAACUUUGCUCGGAUUCCAAAGGGAAGGUAUUCGAUUACCAUUUUCUUUGGGUUAGUAAAGUUGUCUGGAGAGCCGAUAUAUGACAUAUCAAUCGAAGGAACUGAGGUGUAUUCAUUGCUGCCCGGCUGGAGUAACCAUGAUGAUCAAGCAUUUUCAGAAUCGCUGAUUUCUCUACUUAAUGGUACGGCUACAAUCUGUUUUCACAGUGUUGGUCAUGGAGAUCCAACUAUUCUCGCAAUCCAGCUGCUACAAAUUCAUGACAUGGCAUAUGAUGCUGGUCAACGUUGGGACAAAAGAGUGGUUUUCAGAACUGUCAUCAGGUUAAAUUGCGGUGCUCGUAAGCCCAAAUUUGAUGAAGACUACGGCGGGAAUAUUUGGGGUGCUAAUAGGUUUUGGACUCCAGCUGGAUCGUUUGCUAAGAAUUCUGGUUCUCGGAUCUAUACAGAGAAUUCUAUUGCAAAUGUUUCUGCUUCACCUAACUUUUUUCCUGAACAGAUCUAUCAGUCAGCUCUAGUCAGUACAGAUGAAGAACCUGAUAUGACUUUCAUUAUCAGUGUGAAGGCUUUGAAAACCUAUUGGCUGUGGUUUCACUUUGCAGAAAUUAAUAGUUCCAUUACUGAAGGCAAAAGAGUCUUCGAUAUUAUAGUGAAUGACAAGGUAGUUUGUCAAGAUGUUGAUAUUUUCAGAAUGGGAGGUCAAGGAUAUACAGCGGUUGUUCUUAAUGUAACCAUUGCUGUGACUGAAAAUAUCUUGAGGAUUGUUCUACAUCCCAGAACAGGGCAUCAUGCUCUCAUGAAUGCCAUAGAGAUACUUGAGGUUGUAAAAAGGGAGUUUCAAACGACAAGAGAUGAAGCCAAUGGGCUAAAAGAAUUAAAAAAAGCUUUAGGAGUUCCUUCUCUUCUUGGAUGGAACGGUGAUCCAUGUGCCCCGGUACAACACUCAUGGUCUGGCGUUAAGUGUGAAAAUGGGAAAAACAGGAGCACAUGGGUGAUUGCUACACUUGACCUUCACAGACAAGGUCUGAAAGGUUUCCUACCAAUGAAUGUAUCAAGACUAAGCCAUCUCAAGAGCAUAAACUUGAGUUACAACAGUAUUUGUGGAACCAUUCCGGAAUCUCUUGGAGACAUGAAGUCCUUGGAAGUUUUAGACCUUUCUUAUAAUUCUUUAAAUGGGUCUAUUCCUGAAAGCCUUGGAUCCAAGUUGACUUCUCUGAGGAUUCUGAAGCUGGAAGGAAACGUCAUGCUAGAAAAAGGCUCAGCUCUAACGCCAAACAAUCCUCAGCCUUCUCAUCAUCGAAGAGGUAUGAUGAUCAUCAUCAUUGUAAGCCUCACUUUACUCACUAUCGUUGCAAUUGUAUGUGCAACGAUCUGGUGGAGGAGGAAGCAAGAUGUUACCCGGGCACAGCCAUAUACAAGAUUCCCGAGGCCACAAGAUGCGUAG